UCGCGCUGCAGGUAGAGUUACGAGCGCGAAUCACCUGUCACUCGCGCUCCAGCGCACCUGUCGCGUCUUUCUGGCCUUUUGUCGUCACUUUUAAAUUUUGUUUUUACAUUUUUGUCUGUGUCAGCAAGGUCUCCUUGGCUACCCAAUUCGCAUCGUGUUUGGAGCAAAGUUCACUUCUGUGAGUAAACAGAUUGAGAUGGAGUCUUGAGGAAGAGUUUACCUCAGGAGUUUUGGAAACGAGAGGAAUUAUCGGCGAACUGAACAACUGGAUCUUAGAUUCUCUCAGCUGAAAGGGAUAAGUUCCAGGCAGACGCGACCACAUUUUCCAACAACAGCAAGUGAGAGUCCUCCAUCAAUCACAAAUCGAAACUUUUACCUUUCCAUCUGGCAAACAAUCCCUGUUGUUACUCUGGUCUGUCCUUCUGCUACCCGACGAUCACAAUACGAGACAAACACAGAAACCCAUCAUCAUCAUUACAGGUGGGGAAUAAAAGUCUUUAGCUGGCACUCAGGCUUUUUGGUCCUGCUGACAUGAUCUGUUUGAGGAGGCAUUACAUCAUUUACCGAAGUCAAUAAAGGUGGAUGUCGUAGAACAUGAAUGUUUUGGGGACCCCAACAAAACCAAGCAAUGGGGUGGCCAGAUCGGACAGCAAGAUCAGUGCCAAGACCCUGUUUGAACAACGAAAGAAGUACUCAAACUCCAAUGUCAUCAUGCAAGAGACAUCGCAGUACCAUGUGCAGCAUCUCUCUACGUUCAUCAUGGAUAAAACAGAGUCCAUCACUACGGUAGACGACGCCAUUAAGAAGCUGAAACUGCUGGACUCCAAAGACAAAAUCUGGACUCAGGAAAUGCUGCUACAGGUGACGGACAAAUCCAUCAAACUCCUGGACUGCGAGACCAAGGAAGAGCUUGAAAACUUUCCUCUGGCCACAGUCCAUCACUGUCAGACGCUGUUGAACCAGACGAGAUACCCCUCCGUCCUUCUGCUCAUCUGUCAGGACGACGAACAACACAAACCAGACAUCCACUUCUUCUACUGCGACGAAGUGGAGGCUGAGUUGGUGCACGCUGACAUUGAUAGCGCUCUGGGAGACAACUCACGCGGCAAGAAGAAUCGGCCGCAGACGCUAAAGUUGAACCAAGAAAAGAUGAAACGCCAACGGGAGACCAUCAUCCCGCCCUCUGAGACUAGAAGUCCUGGCCCUGGGGUCAAAGGUCGAGUAGCAGCUUCGGACAUGAAAGAUGAACUGUCGAUGCAGGAUCCCGAGUCCACUAUGAAACUGGCCCAGCGGAUCGAGAAGGACGUGCAAAUCCUGAAUUGCGCUCUAGAUGACAUCGAGAUCUUCGUGGCGCGUCUUCAUAAAGCGGCAGAGGCUUUCUCUCAACUCAACCAGCGCAACCGCAGCAAGAAAGGCAAAAAGAGAGGACCGGCAGAGGGAAUGCUAACUCUACGAGCCAAGCCUCCAUCAGAAGGAGAGUUUAUCGACUGUCUUCAGAAGCUGAAACUCUCUUUCAAUCUGCUGGCCAAACUGAAGAAACACAUCCAGAACCCCAGCGCUGCAGAACUUGUACACUUCCUGUUUGGACCUUUGGAAAUGAUCCUGCAGAAUAGUGGCAGUCCUGAGCUGCCGCGUGGGGUCAUCUCUCCUCACCUGUCGCGGGACACAGUGGACUUCCUGAGAGGACACCUGACUCCCAAAGAGAUGACCAUCUUUGAGCUGCUGGGAGAUGGUUGGACGAGGCCCAGAGCUGAUUGGCCGAAAGAUCAGUGCGCGCCUCUGUAUGUCCCAAAGUUUCGUAACGGCUGGGAGCCGCCAGUGGAUCUGUUUCGCAUGUCCCCGUGGGAGACGGAGAGCACUCCAGUGCAGUCAGAGUACAGGAAAAAAGAGUUCUUUGGAUCACAGUCGUCGCUCUCUUCAAACGGGUCUUUCUCGACGUCUCCUCCUUCUCGGAAAUAUGCGAAGAUCCGCUACCACUUUGUGGCACGUAAUGCCAACGAGCUGUCAGUGCUCCAGGACGAAAUUCUGGAGGUGUUGGAGGAUGACAAGCAGUGGUGGAAGUUGAGGAACAGAAGCGGUCAGGCGGGAUACGUGCCCUAUAAUAUCCUGGAUGUGGUCAAACUCGAGGACCCUCAAGUCAUGAGUGACCCGCCCUACAGUCCAGUAACACCGUACAGUCCGCCGUACCGAGGACAGUCCCCCUCCAGCUCAAUGGGCAACGAUAAAGACGGUCACACUCAUCAGAUGGAUAAAGUCAACGAUGAGCUGCUCAUGUUGAUCACCGGUAAUAAGACCAAUCAGCCCACGAGGAACUUCAAGGUGGUUCGUCAGUCGGCCGUCCCGCUGGCCUUCGACUCCAGCCCAGCAGAGGUCACCACCUGGCUCAACGCCAAGGGCUUCUCCAAACCGACGGUGGAGCGUUUGGGCAUCCUGACAGGAGCUCAGCUCUUCUCUCUGAAUAAAGAUCACCUGAAGGCCGUGUGUGGAGACGAAGGCUCUCGCGUCUACAGCCAGAUCACCGUCCAGAAAUCACAACUAGAGAAGAGUCGAGGAGAUUCUGAAUUGCAGGAAAUUAUGAGGAAACAGCAAGAGAAAAUUGAAUCUAGCCCAUGAACGGCUUUCACGGACUGUCAAUCAAACUGUCACCUGGCAACAGGACUGUCAAGCAAACCCACCAAUGAACUUAGAUGAUGUAGAUUCUGCCACACCGUCAACCAGACGUCUAAUUCAAUAUAUUUUUUAAUUUGUAUAUUUAUUGUUGGUGCUUUUUAUUAUUAGUGUAUGUACGGAGUUUUUCGUAAAUUAUCCGCAUGCAUUAUCUUGCUGGAAAACACUUGUACGCUUAUAAGACUCUUUAUUGCAUGAAUAUAAUGUAUAGUUGAAUCUCACAAAAACAUGAACAGGUCACGCCUCAAAAACAAAAGAAAAAAUUAAUUACUUUUGGGGGGUUUAUUUUACAUUUUCAUGAGUUUAUUUUCUUAGUAAUUUAAUUCAGAACUAAAAAUCAAAAGAAAAAUACAUUAUGAAUAAACAUCAUUAGGACUGUUCAAUUUUUUUUUUGUGCAUGUUCUUGACAUUUAACUUGAAUUUUUUUAAGGUAAUGCAGAUUUUUUUCUCUCAUAAUUUUCAUUGUUAUUCACA